AUGCGGGCGGAAAGUUCCAUUAAAGAGGCGCGAAAUGCAGAUGGAUACAGACAAGAUGAACUCUACGGAGUAGACAUGCGAUCGCUAGGUGACGUUAAGACACCAUUUGUUGUUCAGGUGCAGCAGUACUUCCCAAAAUCCCUGAUCAGUACUGCCAGACGUUGCCCUGGACCGGCAAAUUCAAAAAGCAUAUCACCGCCUUAUCAGUGCAUUUGA